UAGCGAGUAUAUACACAACGGCAAUACAUGUUACCGCGCACCGGAUUGGUCAAGAAUUCAAAAUGUUGGUUAUUGGAGGCGAUGCCGUGCUGAUGGAGCUGAUGUUGUGACGUUAGACGUUUUAUUCUGGUAAUACUGGUUAAUUGCUGGUGUCCCGAGGUUCCACUUUCGAAUAUCCGUAGAAAUUUUACUGAUAUGGCUACGAUGAGUUCGAUAUCAAACGUCGAGAAUCUCUCACCACAAAUAAUACGCCGUGUAGUCAAGGAGAUGAACGAUCUUUCCACUCAACCUCCAGAAGGGAUUCGAGUCAUUAUAAAUGAGGAGGAUGUCACAGACAUUCAGGCUGUCAUUGAGGGACCAGCCGGUACUCCUUAUGCUGGUGGUUUCUUCAGAGUAAAACUUGCUUUGGGAAAAGAUUUUCCACAGGGACCGCCGAAAGCAUUUUUCCUAACAAAAAUUUUUCAUCCCAAUGUCGCUAAAAAUGGAGAAAUAUGCGUUAACACUUUGAAGAAGGAUUGGAAAUCAGAUCUCGGAAUACAGCACAUAUUGCUGACAGUGAAAUGUCUACUGAUUGUCCCCAAUGCUGAAUCAGCUUUGAAUGAAGAGGCAGGUAAAUUACUUUUAGAGAGAUAUGAUGAUUAUUCGGAACGAGCUAAAAUGAUGACCGAAAUCCAUGCGCAGGGUGGUGGAAAAGGAGCCAAGUCUGGUUUCGAAAGUUCCGCUUCCACCGACGCUGGUGGUCCUCUACCAAAAAAGCACGCCGGGGAUAAAAAACUUGCUGCGGAAAAGAAAAAAAUCUUAAAAGAUAAAAAAAGAACACUCAAACGGUUAUGAAGGAAUAGUAAUAAUAAUUGACCCCC